ACCCAGUAAAAAAAGCCUGGUAGAGUGGUGGUAAACUGGUAAUGUGUUAUCAGCGCAUAAACAGUUAUAUCUUCCUCCCCUCUUCUGCAAUUUCAUAGAUUCAUCAUCACUUCACUGGGUUAGGUGCCAAUCUUUCACUCGAAACGACGCCGUUUGCUAUUCAUUUAAUUGGAGUGGUAAGCCUGCGGAUUAAGAUAUAAAAUCAUACAUUUCAUAACAAUGUCCGCACUUAACCAGGAUAAUUUGUCUUCUAAUUCUCAGCUUGCAUCUACAUUUUUUGAGGAACUUCUUGACUCAGUUAUUGUUGAUGUUGCAUCUGAGAGUCAUCGGAUAGCAAGGUUAAGACUUGACCGGAAUUUAGAUGAAGAGGAAGAAGAACUGAGGCUUUCAGCAGAAGCGAGGGCAAAAGCAACUGAUCCAAGCAAUAGUUGUGAAGCAAAUAGCAAAUAUGUGGUUGACAUUUUUGGUCAAACCCAUCCUUCUGUUGCAAAUGAAAUAUUUGAUUGUAUGAAUUGUGGUCGGUCAAUUAUGGCUGGAAGGUUUGCUCCUCAUCUGGAGAAGUGCAUGGGGAAGGGAAGAAAAGCUCGCCCCAAGUCUACAAGAAGUACCACAGCUGCUCAGAAUCGUCAGACAAGAAGCAAUCAAGGUUCCACGAGCUCCUCUUAUUCGAAUACAGCCAGCUUAAACAGAUUAUCAAAUGGAAGUCCUAAUGUUGGAGGUAACGAGUUUUCAAAUGGCAUAGCAGAAGGGCUUUGAAGAAGGUUCUGAAGAAUAGCAAGCUGAAGUAUUCCUGCAUAACAUCUUUUUUAACUUUUGUGGUACUUUCUUCUCACCGAGGAAAAAUAUUACAUGUACUAUUCUUGAUUUUGAUGGAGUAACUGAUCACAUAUAGAGCUAACAUAUACUGAAUCUGAGCAUGAUACAAGUAACUAUGUAUGCACAAAUAUCUGGUGAACA